CUCACGACUAACCCGAUUGUAAAUAUGGCAGCCUCUGCAAGUGCGAAGACGAAGCGUUUUAAAAACGAUAAUGUUGUCUACAAUUCUGUGGCUAUCCGGAAUAAUGCAGCUGUCAUUGACUAUUGUCGGACAUCGCUCUCAGCUCUCUCCGGAUGUACGGCUGGAAUACUAGGACUUACUGGUCUUAAUGGCUUCAUCUUUUACUUUGUGACAGCAUUAUGUUUAUCGGUAGUUCUUCUCAUGAAAGGAGGUAAUGAUUGGAGUCGCUAUUUCAUGUCGAGAACAUCAUUGGCAUCUAAUGGAUUGCUUGGAGGUUUAUUUACGUACGUCUUGUUUUGGACAUUCCUCUAUGGCAUGGUACACGUUUAUUAAUGAUACAUUGUGUGACAGCAAGUGAUUACUCUCUAGAGGAAUCAUCAAGAGAAAAUGACAUCACCCUGAAUUAGUCAUCUUGUAUCAACACGGCAGGACAGUGGCGUGUCUUUACCAAUGAACCAUUUUUGACAGCUGGUCACUGCUUAAAAAGAUCUAUUGACAGGAUAGCCAAUAGUGGAGAACUGGAGACACCCUAUAACUGUCUCUGUAAACCUCGCAUAAGUUUGGUCGCAUGUAACAUGUUCUCACUAAGAAAUAACACAGGUCGUUGAACAGAAAAUAGAUGUGGAGCAUUUGUAGUAAUUAAAAGCAUAAAAGUAUUAGGCAUCUUAUUGGUAGUGGCCAAUGCAGACGUCGUGAGUUGGAGCUGUCAGUCAUAUUCUUCACCAUGCUCUUAAAUAUCAAAUGUACAUGACUUUUUUUAUGUGAGCGAUGAUUAUCGGUGGAGUGUGCCCUAAUUGUGCUGGUUACAUCAAUUUUGUUCAUCAUAAUUACGCCUACAGCACUUAAUCGGCAUGACAGAAAUUUAGAAUGGUUUACAUUUUUACAAUUGAUUAAAUUGGUUGUCAUUGUAAGUGUUCCUUUCUCAACUAAAGUGAAGCGGCUGAUCGGAGUGUUUGUAAUGCGAUGUGGAUGUGCACUCACAUGACUCGCCCAGAUCUUCUUACUAGGUGCCUACACCUUUCUUCAGACGUAGUGUUUGGAUUUCUGCUGUUUAACUGUUGUCUUGCAGCUCUAAUGCUUCUAGUUCAGGACGAAAUGCAUUCCAAGUCGGGCGAAAGUGGGAAUAGUUGGCUGUCAGCUAAAAAUGCACUGUUCUUUUAUCGGGUUCAUGUCAUUUCUUGUCAUUGUCAGGGCACAGUUAUGUAUGAUGCAAUGAAUUACAUAUGCGUUUAAUACACAAUUACUGGUAAAUUUAAAUUCGCGUAUGUAAAGUGUAUGAGAAAUGUUUGAUAAAGAAUUUGUCCUUGUAUAUUGUGAA